GCUGUCAGCCGGUUGUCAGCGCGCGGGGGUGCUCAGGGAUGCAAGGAGGUGCCGGCAGCCCGCAGGGUGCGCGGGGUGGCCGGUAGCCCCCGUGGGUGCGCGGGGUCCCGGGGGUGCUGGCAGCCCGCGUGGGUGUUCAGGGGUGCAGGAGCGAGCUGGCAGCCUGCGUGGAUGCUGAAGGGAGCUUGGGUGCGGUGACAGGACUCAGGGGUCCGGGGAGUCGCUGGUGGCCCUUGUACGUGGCUGGGUGUGUAGGGGGGUGCUCAGAGCGUGGGGGGUGCUGGCAGCUUGCGUGGGUGCCCAGAGGUCCCUGGGGGUGCUGGCAUCAGGUAUGGGUGCUCAGGGGUGCAGAAGCAUGCUGGCGGCCCGCAUGGGUGCUCAGGGGAGCUUGGGGGUGCUGGUAGCCCAUAUACGUGGCCAUGUGUAUGUAUGUGGAUACUUGGAGCCUGCGUGGGUGCUGGCAGCUUGCAGGGGUGCCCAGAGGUCCCUGGGGGUCCUGGCAGCCUGCAGCGGUGCCUCAGGGUGCCCAGAGCCCGCGUGAGUGUACAGGUCUGCCUAGACCCUGCGAGAGUGCCCAGGGGUACGUGCAGGUGGUGCCCUGCAGGGGUGCUGGCAGUCCUUGGGGUUCCCCUCGGAGUGUCUAGGGGUGCCAUGCAGUGUGUGGGGGCACAGCCCCCUGCAGUGUGCACCAAUGUGUGAGGUGCUGGUAAGGGUGCGGGGUGCUGUGUGGCAUUGUGGGGAGGGCGAGCUGGAGGGCGCAGGGAGCUCUGCGGGGUGCGGCCGUGCUCCUGUGUGUGGGAGCUGGGGGGACUGGUGGGGGGUUUGUGCCAAGCAGCCUCCCUGUAGGGAGAAGCAGGGCUGGGGGGACCAGGCCGUGCUGCAAAGUGCUGGAAAGGGACCAUGUCCACCCGGCGCCUCCGCAGUGAGGACUACAACGACUACAGCUCCACGGACGUCACGCCAGAGGGAAGCCCGCCCGGUGGCAUGAACGGCUUCGCCCACCCUGAGUCCUACCAGCGCUUCGGGGAGACCAACGGGACAACGUGGUACCAGACCCUGAUCCACCUCCUAAAGGGGAAUAUUGGCACGGGGCUGCUGGGGCUGCCUCUGGCUGUGAAGAACGCCGGCAUCCUGCUGGGUCCUCUGAGCCUGGUGGUGAUGGGAGUCGUGGCUGUGCACUGCAUGGGCAUCCUGGUGAAAUGUGCCCAUCACUUCUGCUACAGGUUCCAGAAACAGUUUGUGGACUACGGGGGUGCCGUGAUGUAUGGGCUGGAGUCAACUCCCAGCGCCUGGCUGCGGACACAUGCUGUCUGGGGAAGGCGUAUAGUGGGACUUUUCUUGAUCAUCACUCAGUUGGGUUUCUGCUGCGUCUACUUUGUCUUCCUGGCUGACAAUCUGAAACAGGUCAUAUCUGCAGCAAACGGGACCACCAAUGACUGCAACUCGAACAGGACAGUGGCCAUGACCCCCACCAUGGACUCCCGGCUAUACAUGCUUUCCCUCCUGCCUUUCGUGGUGCUGCUCACGUUCAUCCAGAAUCUCAAGGUCCUGUCCAUCUUCUCCAUGCUGGCCAACGUGGCCAUGCUUGGCAGCCUCGUCGUGAUCUACCAGUACAUCGUCAGGGACAUUCCUGAUCCCAGUGACCUGCCUCUAGCAGCAGCCUGGAAGACCUACCCUCUGUUUUUUGGCACCGCGAUCUUUGCUUUCGAAGGCAUCGGGGUGGUGCUGCCUCUGGAAAACAAGAUGAAGAACCCCCGGCAGUUCCCAGUCAUCCUGUACGUGGGGAUGACCAUUGUCACCAUCUUGUACAUCAGCCUGAGCGUCCUGGGGUACCUGCGCUUCAGGGCGGACAUUCAGGCCAGCAUAACGCUCAACCUGCCCAACUGCUGGCUGUACCAAGCCGUCAAGCUGCUCUUCUCCUUCGGGAUUUUCUUCACGUACGCCGUGCAGUUCUACGUGCCUGCUGAGAUCGUCAUCCCUCCCCUUGUCGCCCGGGUGUCGGAGCGCUGGGGCUGGCUGGUCAAUCUGCUCCUCAGGGUGGCCCUGGUCAGCGUGACCUGCGUGCUGGCCAUCCUCAUCCCACGCCUGGACAUCGUCAUCUCACUGGUGGGCUCCGUCAGCAGCAGCGCUCUGGCUCUCAUCUUCCCUCCGCUGCUGGAGAUCGCCACCUACUAUGCAGAAGGCAUGCACCCCCUCGUCAUCGCCAAGGACGUCGCCAUCAGCCUCUUCGGCUUCGUGGGCUUCGUGGUGGGGACGUACGAGGCGCUGGUGGAGCUGGCGGCGCCCGCUGCCGCCGUUGUGAACACCACCAGUACCGUGGUGCAGUAACGGUCCCUCUGCCCUGCCGGCCCCUCCGGGUGCCGUGCUGGGGGUGCGCGGGCACCGGGCGCUGCUGGUCUCCUGGGAACGGUCUCCCCUCUCGCGAAACGUGGUGGGUUUGGUCUGCGAGAGGACGGGGCUGCCCACCAUCGCGGCUGCCCAUCUGCGGCAGGGUCCCGUGCUGGGCUCCGGCUGGGGAGGUGGGAUCUGGGCUGGGGCAGUGCCUUCCCUGGGGGCUUUUUGGGCAGGUGAUACAGCAAAACAAGCCCCCUCGGUACCUGUGUAAAUAGUCACUUUGAGAGGUGAGGAAUCCUGUGGAUGUAGAUUUUUAUUUUAUUUUAUUUUAUUUUUUUUAAAUCCCAACCUUUCUGUAUUUCCCCCAUCCCUUCAGUCAGGAUGGGGAACAGGGACUGCUCUUUUUUGUGCCAGUUGUUUUGUUUUGUUUUGUUUUUUUUUCCCCUCAGCACUUUAUUUUUACAGCAACAGAAAAACCUCAGCUCAGGUUGGAGAGCAUGGAGCUGCCUGUUACCCCAGCCUUGUGGGGAGAGCAGGCAGAGCCCAAGGUGCGGAGCACCCUGGGGCCCCCCAGCUUUCCCACAGUGGGAUCCCCAGACGUGGGCAUUGGGUCCUGCUGUGCUCCAGCUCUGUUUCCAGCCGCCUCGGGGGCUGAGCAGUGCCUGGAGCUGGGCACCGGGCACGGCACCUCCCUGGCCUGGGAGGAUUUGCUGAUCCCUGGCCCAUGCUUUCAGUAGUGACACUUCUUUUUCCCCAUCUAGCACGCAUACCUAACGUGUCGCUUUCAGAAGCAUUAGAGAACUGAGAUGUGCACAGAGCCAAAUGGUCUCUGCCCUAACGAGGGUCCGAUCCGGUUGCCUGCGGCUGGCAGCCCUCUCCCUGUGUGGGAUGCGGUGUCCCUGGGGGUCACCGCGUGCUGCCCGCACGCCGCAAAAAUACAUCACCUUGUUUACAGUGCCCGAGCUGGCCCCGGCACGCCCCGUCUGCAUCUGCAGGCCGAUACUGAAUGUCAAAUCACAUACAAAAACCCCAUAAUGUGGUUUUUUUUGUUUUUUGUUUUUUUUUUUUUUCCCCCUUUCUCUCCUGGUCCCAUUCCCUCUGCAUCCUCUGCCUCCACCCCAGCUCCUGCCCCCAGGUAGGAUGCAGCUCUCUGGCACUUCUCCCUGUGCUCCUGUUGCUUCUUGGGUUGUGGCUGGUGCAUGCCUGGGAGGGACUGUCCCCGCUACGCUGCUGCUUUCCUUCUUCUCGGUGAGCCCAGCUUCUUCCCUAAAGAGUUUCCUUGCCUUUCUGCUGGAUUUCUAUUUUAUUUUUUUUUUUUUUUUUUUUUUUUUUUUUUUUUUUUUAAGACAAGAGAGCAAAUACAUCCUCCAUGGGAUGUCUUCUCCUAGAGGUGCGAAAAGCUUUUGGCUGAUCCAUUCCUCCGCAGCCCCGUGUCUGGGCCAAACCCCUCCCUGAUAAUGCAGCAUCUCCCAAAUGCCGGCAGCGCGGUGGCUUCCUUCGGAGAGCCUUUAUCCCUGCAUCCCAUACAGCCGUGUCUCCCUGGGUGUGGACAAAGGCUGCUGGCUGUGGGGGGAAAGGAGUGCAAAUAUAGCACUGGCAGGCUGCAUUCCUAUCUUUGAUGGAGGGUGAGUGAGGCUUGGGGUUAUUUUUGGUGUUUGACCUGCUUCUGGGAGGAGAAGGCUGUGCAGAGCGGCGUCGCUGCAGCCUGCCUCCUCGCUGUGUGGCAUUUCAGUGUCUUGCACUGUGUCCCCUUUGCUAGCUCUGCUUCGGGUGCCCCAUGCUGGUAUGUGGACCCACAGCCAGGUGCAGGGUAGGUCUGUGCCACGUCGCUGCUCCUUUCCAGUCCCUCACCUGCUCGCUGUGUCUCUUGGUGCUCACCUCAUCUCCUCCAAGUCUGUGCUGGUGAAGGUUUCGGCACGCUCCGGCAUCCCUUGGUCAUGAGCAGAGCAAAGCUUUAAGUCAAAUCCUCCGUCUGGAGGACACCAUGGGGAUAGAGAGCAAACACCCGGCUCUGGCCGGGGGAGGGGGCUCUAGGGCAUGCCGCGGAUGGGAAAAGUGCAAUAUUCACAUCCAUCCCUCUGUACCGACCCUGACGUGGCCCUUGGGGCUUGGGUUUGAGUGCAGAAAUGUCACCCUUGGUAGAGGAGGGCAUGCUGUGAGGAGCAGGGGAUGUCUGAUGCUUGCCCUGAGCUCUGUCGGCACCCUGUGAGAAGGCUGGCUGUGUUUUGGGGGACAGCUGUGUGCCAGGGCAUGUCCCCAGCCUGGUACUGGGUGUCAGUGGGUUUGCUGACAGGGCUCCUAACAUCCAAACGCAUUUUGCAGUCAGCGGUGGAGACCUCAUUUCCAAGGAGACUGGGAUAUCACAGCAGCAUUAAAUGUUUUUUUGCAGUUCUUCACCUUUAUCAGGGUGAGCAGGGGAUGUUCGGAGAUGGGGCCAGACGUGCCGGGGGGGCACGUGGCGUGAGGGGCUCUGCUGAGCCAGGAUGACCUGACACAGGACCUGACCGACAUGAAAACUUGACACUUGUGUAUCAUAGGCUGCUCUAACCAAGGAAAUUGUCUGUGUAAAUAUAGGAAUGGUUAAUGUACAUGUCUUGUGCCUAUGGAUAUUAUCAGCGUACAGCGUGUGUGGCUGCCCAGUGGAAGAGCUGGUGCUGCACCCGAAUCAUGUAUCUUACUUUAAUCAAUAAAUAUGAUCUAUUUUUUAUGUGAAAA